AUCUGACAACGAAAUAUCGGAUCUUGGAACUGGAGCAUUCGUCAAUCUUCCCGGACUUUACAAUCUAUACCUAUCUAACAACAAAAUCUCAGAGCUUGAAACUGGAGCAUUUAUGAAUCUGGUAACACUUAGAACUCUAUAUUUGGAACACAAUUUUUUAACAGAAGUGAAAACUGGAACGUUCGUAGGAAUGGCAGGAAACCUUCGUACUUUAUCACUCAGAUACAACGAACUAUCACACAUAGAAGCUGGGGCGUUUCUUAGACUUUCAGGACUUUAUCACCUAUUUUUGGAACAUAAUUCAUUGACAGAGAUAAACAAUAAUACACUGGUAGGAUUGACAGGAAAUUUUCGUUCCUUGAACUUGGGAAACAAUUCAUUGAAAAACAUAGCAAUUGGUACGCUGGAUCAUCUGACUGGACUUCAAUAUCUGUAUUUAGAUGAAAACAUGAUCUAUGAUGCGUUGUUUAUUGAAUAUCUACCAACGACAUUGAACUUAUUAUCACUGAAAAACAAUUCUUUCGAUGGCAUAGCGAAUGGAACAUUCCGAGGAUUAAGUCAAUUACGGUAUUUGUAUUUAGAUGGUAACCAUAUUUCUGACUUGUCAUUUGUCGUAUCGUUAUCAAAUUUAUUAGAAUUAUUGUAAGUAUAACAAAUUAUUCAUUAUUAGAAAAAUAAAAUAAAAUGAGGUCAUUGAUCUUAUAUUGAAUAAUUCUGACAAUGUCAACAUGUUUUCUUUAUCAUUCUCUACAUUAACGUCCUUGUCGAUCCUUGUUUCCCCGGGUACCAGUGGACUUUUUUUUCCCAGAUGGCGUGAAAACAACAUCGCAACACCAAGGUUUUGAACACAUGACUUUUUUUCAUAAACCACUGAAUUUGAUUGUUCAUAUUAUUCAUGUCGGGGUAUUUUAUAGCUGACCAU